AUGGGGCUGCUCAGGAUUAUGCUGCCGCCCAAGUUGCAGCUGCUGGCGGUGCUGGUCUUCGGGGUGGCCGUGCUCUUCCUGGAGAACCAGAUCCAGAAGCUGGAGGAGUCCCGCGGCAAGCUGGAAAGGGCUAUUGCAAGACAUGAAGUCAGAGAAAUAGAACAACGUCAUACAGUAGAUGGCCCCCGACAAGAUGUGACACUGGAUGAAGAAGAUGAUGUGGUGAUCAUUUACAACAGAGUACCUAAGACUGCCAGCACAUCCUUCACAAAUAUUGCCUAUGAUCUUUGUGCGAAGAACAAAUACCAUGUUCUACAUAUCAAUACAACCAAAAAUAAUCCUGUUAUGUCUCUGCAAGAUCAGGUCCGAUUUGUGAAGAAUGUGACUUCCUGGAAGGAAAUGAAACCAGGAUUUUACCAUGGACAUAUAUCUUAUUUGGACUUUGCAAAAUUUGGUGUUAAAAAGAAACCAAUUUACAUAAAUGUCAUAAGAGAUCCUAUAGAACGACUAGUUUCUUAUUAUUACUUUCUGCGCUUUGGAGAUGAUUACAGACCAGGGCUACGGAGGCGAAAACAGGGGGAUAAAAAGACCUUUGAUGAAUGUGUGGCAGCUGGAGGUUCAGACUGUGCUCCAGAGAAACUUUGGCUUCAAAUUCCGUUCUUCUGUGGCCACAGCUCCGAAUGCUGGAAUGUGGGAAGCAGAUGGGCUUUGGAACAAGCCAAAUACAAUCUGAUUAAUGAAUACUUCCUAGUGGGCGUUACUGAAGAGCUUGAAGACUUUAUCAUGUUAUUGGAGGCAGCUUUGCCCCGGUUCUUCAGGGGUGCCACAGAACUGUACCGUACAGGAAAGAAGUCUCACCUUAGGAAAACAACUGAGAAAAAACUUCCCACAAAAGAAACUAUUGCCAAGCUACAACAGUCUGAAAUCUGGAAAAUGGAGAAUGAGUUCUAUGAAUUUGCACUGGAGCAAUUUCAGUUUGUCAGAGCACAUGCAGUUCGGGAAAAAGACGGAGAAUUGUAUAUUCUGGCUCAAAACUUUUUCUAUGAAAAGAUUUACCCUAAAUCAAACUAAGAACACUUUACUGUUAGAUUUAUGGACCUAAAUCUUUGGUCACAUCAUCAUCUUAGUCCUCAGCCAUGGAAACUAGAUUGCUUGUAGACCUCCAAGACGUUUCUUUAUAGAUCUGAGAGAAGUGGGCUGUGGAUCACCUCCAGGGCGUUGGAUACCGGCUAACUAUGUUGGUAAUCCAGAAGCAAAGGCUUCAUUUCUUUUAUCUAACUAAUACUUUCAGUGGGAGUUAAUAUACUUUACCGGAAGAAAUAUACACUUUAAUUCGGAGCAAUUAAUACACAGCAGUUCUAGUUGAAAAUAUAAACAAACAAAAAAUGCUUCUGUUGAUGCUCUUUUUAAUUUUCAGAGCAAUUUAUUUUCAUUUAUACUUCUGUGAAGAGGAAUUAAUUUUUCCCAGCUUUCAACAUGGAAAUUUUGGUUGUAUACAACAUGAGUAGUGUUAAUAACUGGUCAACAUCUAUGCUUUGUUUUUGUGAAUCAUGUCACAUGAUAUUAAUUGGGAUGGUUAAUCAUGUUCUGCUGAGAAAUGCUGCUGCUGCUGGAAUUGCCCAUAUUUAUAUAUGUGGUUUUAUUAAAAAAUUACAACUAUUCAUUAGUGUUAAAACAUUAUUUCCACGUUAAUAUUGUAAAAAGUUAAAGAAUCAGAGCAGUGGGGUUUUUGUUUUGUUUUUUAUCCCCACCACCACUGACUGAGGUUGGGAAAACUACGAAGAAAGUUGGUAUUGUCUGCAGUUCUAGUUGAUCCUUACACAGUGGUAUAAAAAUCGUAAAUUCAGUAUUAAGUUUCUCCAUGGAUUCUUUGUAAUAAUUGUAAACUAAGGUAUUGGUGAAUCCAUAUUAUGACUCCAUUAGUGAGCUGUGGUAUGGUUAGGGUUUUCCUACUACUUCGAUACUUUUACCUGUAGAAUAUUUUUACUAAGGUGCUUUAUAAUGUGUUUUAAAGCAUUGCAUUUACAAAAGGAGUAAAAUGCUGUAAAUACUGCUUAUUUUAUGUAUUUGGACCAAAAGGUUUAAAGUAACUAGUUUAAAGUGGUUUUUUUGCACCAGUUCUGUUAUGUGUGAAGUGAAAAACAUCACAUCUACUUCCUGGUUGAGUUAACUGUUGGACAUUGCUGAAAUGCACUUCAGUGACCUCUCUGACUUCAAUACCAGAAUAUUGUCCAGGGAUUCUCUUUACAAAUAUGUAGUCUUCAUCUUUUUAUUAUGGUAAGAGGAAAAGAAGAAAAAUGUCAUGUGUAGUCUGGUUGAGAAAGAUGCAGUGAACUUGAUUGACAUAAUUGUAUUUAUGUAACUGCCUUAUGUGACUAUUGUAAAUUUGUGAGUUGCCAUUAUUAACAAUGUGAAACAUCUGGUAGAUGAAGUAAAUUGAAAUUUGAGAACAGAUGUUUGGGUCCACUGCAUUAUAGCAAAUGGCAGUGGAGAACUACAAGAAUUUGUUUCCUAUGGAAUUUUCUUAAAGAUCUGAGUAUUUACACAUCU